GGCAGUUGCUGGGUCCCGGCCGGGCUGACUCCGCUUCUGGGCGGCCGGGCCUCCGCGAGCACCGGCUCGACUUCGGAGUCUGCGGGCCCAGCCAGGGGUGCCCGGUUCCCACCCCUCUCCCCGAGCGGCGUCCCCGUCGGGGUCGAACCUCCCCCGCGACAAGCGCCCAGCCGCCUGUUCCCCCAGGCCCUGCCUGCGGACCGCCCUGGGAACGGCGUCUGGGAGCCCCGAGGGGCUGGCGGGACUCGGGGCCCGGGCCAUGCGGCAGCCGCCCCCGCCCCUCCGCGACCACCCCCGGCCCAAGCGGGAGCCGCAGCGGCGUUUCUGCUCCUCGCUGCGCCGGCGACCCCGGACCCGGCACCCCUGACCCCUCGCGCUGCCUGCGGCCCCGCGCCGAGGCCUGCCCCGGGAGAGACCGUCCAUGCCGUCCAAGGCGGAGAAUCUGCGGCCCUCGGAGCCGGCCCCGCAGCCGCCGGAAGGGAGGACGCUCCAAGGACAGCUUCCCGGCGCUCCGCUGGCCCAGCGCGCGGGGUCCCCACCCGAUGUUCCGGGCUCCGAGAGCCCCGCGCUUGCCUGCAGCACUCCGGCCACGCCCAGCGGCGAGGACCCGCCAGCCCGAGCAGCACCCAUCGCCCCGCGGCCCCCCGCCAGGCCUCGACUGGAGCGAGCCCUGUCCCUGGACGACAAGGGCUGGAGGAGGAGGCGUUUUCGAGGCAGCCAGGAGGACCUGGAAGCCCGGAAUGGGACCAGUCCCUCCAGGGGCUCAGUGCAGAGCGAGGGCCCCGGGGCCCCCGCCCACAGCUGCUCCCCGCCCUGCCUGAGCACCUCCUUGCAGGAAAUCCCCAAGUCCCGCGGGGUCCUGAGCAGUGAGAGAGGGAGCCCGUCCUCGGGGGGUAACCCUCUCUCUGGGGUGGCCAGCAGCUCCCCGAACCUCCCGCACAGAGACGCCGCCGUGGCGGGGAGCUCGCCCAGGCUGCCCAGCCUGCUGCCCCCGCGCCCACCGCCUGCCCUGAGCCUGGACAUCGCCUCCGACUCCCUGAGGACAGCAAACAAGGUCGACUCGGAUCUUGCCGACUACAAGCUCCGCGCGCAGCCGCUCCUGGUGCGGGCCCACAGCAGCCUGGGCCCCGGCCGGCCGCGGAGCCCCCUGGCCUGCGACGACUGUUCCCUUCGCUCGGCCAAAUCCUCCUUCAGCCUCCUGGCGCCCAUCCGCAGCAAGGACGUCCGCAGCAGGAGUUACCUGGAGGGCAGCCUCCUGGCCAGCGGGGCCCUGUUGGGGGCGGAUGAGCUGGCCCGCUACUUCCCAGACCGGAACGUGGCACUCUUCGUGGCCACCUGGAACAUGCAGGGCCAGAAGGAGCUCCCGCCCAGCCUGGAUGAGUUCCUGCUCCCAGCCGAGGCCGACUAUGCCCAGGACCUGUAUGUCAUCGGGGUCCAGGAGGGCUGUUCUGACAGGCGGGAGUGGGAGACUCGUCUGCAGGAGACGCUGGGCCCGCACUAUGUGCUGCUGUCCUCGGCGGCCCACGGCGUGCUCUACAUGUCGCUCUUCAUCCGCAGGGACCUCAUCUGGUUCUGCUCAGAGGUGGAGUGCUCCACGGUGACCACACGCAUCGUGUCUCAGAUCAAGACCAAAGGGGCCUUGGGCAUCAGCUUCACCUUUUUUGGCACCUCCUUCCUCUUCAUCACGUCCCACUUCACCUGCGACGGGAAGGUGGCGGAGCGGCUGCUGGACUACACCAGGACCGUGCAAGCCCUGGCCCUGCCCAGAAAUGUGCCUGACACCAACCCCUAUCGCUCCAGCGCAGCGGACGUCACCACCCGCUUCGAUGAGGUUUUCUGGUUUGGAGACUUCAACUUCCGCCUGAGUGGUGGGCGCACAGUCGUGGACGCCCUCCUGUGCCAGGGCCUGGUGGUGGACGUGCCGGCGCUGCUGCAGCACGACCAGCUCAUCCGGGAGAUGAGGAAAGGGUCCAUCUUCAAGGGCUUCCAGGAGCCGGACAUCCACUUCCUGCCAUCAUACAAGUUUGACAUCGGGAAGGACACGUACGACAGCACCUCCAAGCAGAGGACGCCCUCAUACACGGACCGCGUCUUGUACAGAAGCCGCCACAAGGGUGACAUCUGUCCUGUGAGCUACUCUUCCUGCCCCGGGAUCAAGACGUCCGACCACCGCCCUGUGUAUGGCCUCUUCCGGGUGAAAGUGAGGCCAGGGCGAGACAACAUUCCGUUGGCAGCUGGCAAAUUUGAUAGAGAACUGUACUUACUAGGAAUUAAAAGACGGAUUUCGAAGGAGAUUCAGAGGCAGCAAGCACUACAGAGUCAGAACUCCAGCACCAUCUGCUCCGUUUCUUGAAGUUUGCUGAACGAGGACUCACAGCUGCAACGUGGGGUGACUGUAUUGAUCAAAACCCACUGGGAAGGACAAAGAGUUUGCCGCCUUUCGGGGAUCCGAGGGACUGUGGCGACCGUGCCUCUGUGCCAGCGUCCCAGGAAGGAAGCCAACCCUGAGCGAGCCUGUCCUCUGUGGCAGGUCCACACGGUGUGGGUGGGCAGGGCUUGGACCCACCCGUCUCCAUGGCAGGUUCAUACAGCAUGGGUGGGCAGGGCUUGGACCCACCCGUCUCCAUGACAGGUCCAUACAGCAUGGGUGGGCAGGGCUUGGACCCACCCGUCUCCAUGACAGGUCCAUACAGCAUGGGUGGCAGGGUUUGGACCCGCCUGGCAGCACCACGGACCCCAGCCACUCUCGGGGGCAGACGUCAGAAUCCGUUCCUGAGCAGCUCCUGUGCCCUGGGGGCAGUCACAGAGCCCCCCAACACCCCCGUGCUCUGCACCAGCCUCUCCCUCCACACCCGAAGCAGGCGUCCAUCUGUGUCCUCCUGGCAGCCCCUCAAACACACACCACCCCAUGUCACACGGGUAUCCAGAGCAAGGCUGGAUCUGGGCUAGGUGACCCCUGGGGCCUCAGACCUCCGAGUGGGCCCCAGAGCCCAGCUGAGGAAGCCACACAGCCUCCAGGACGUGGCACGGUUCCCCUCCACUCGGCUGCAAGUCGCCUGCCAUGGGGCGAGGAGGCCUGCACCCCAGUAUAAGGGCCUCCCCAGCUGAGUAAGAAGCCGCUUCCCCUCCUCUCAUAGGCCAAGCCUGUUGUGUGAAACCGUCUCAUGGUCUUGGUGACGUAGACCGUUUGCUUCUUUAACUCCAGCCGCGGAAUGACAUUAGUGGAACCGGGCUGGGGAACUGCUGGAAGUUCAGGAUGCCACCACCUUGAACACCUAGGCCAGGGAUCCCCACCAUGUCCCGGGUUUCUUUCUUCGAGAGUAUAGAACCGUUCAUUCUUGCUUUGUGUCCCAUUCCAUCUCUUGAAAAAAUGUAGUCUUUGAAUGUGUGAAAAUCUAGGGACAUUCAAUCUAGUCUUUUAAAUUAUUUAUUUUUCCAUAUUUAUAUUUUUAAAUAAAUGCAUAUAUUGAGUCUUAAA